AUGGCUUCUUGUGACACACCUGAUGCAUUUGCUUGGCUUCAAAACCUACCUCCUUUUUCUCAAUGGAAAAGAAACUCAAUGUCCAUGUGUAUUUGCUCUCCAAAUUCAUCACAUCCAUCUUUAAAUUUCUCUAUUACUCGUAGUUCUCAAUCUCCAAACACAUUCACAUUCUCCAUAGUAGCCAGCUUCAAGAUUCCUAUAUCUCUCUUCAUCUCAAAACCUCUAAGAAUCAUUGGCUCUAAUCAAACUAAUCUCCUAAGUGAAAAUAUCAUCUCUACUCUAUUAAUGAGUUUUGUCGACACAGUUCUCAACUAUAACGUCAAAAGAACCACUUGUUCAAUCCAAAUGCAAAACAUAGGAUCCACUUCAAACCUCAAAGACGUUUUCAACCUCGCGUUCUUCACUUUCGUGUUUCUCAUAUGCAUCUACGAGGCGCCCACAAGCCUACGAACAACUUGUCUCAAAACGGUGAAAGAUCAGCUGGUUACUUGUAGGUCAAGGCAGGGUUCUAAGUUGCUCAUGGUGCAACUAGGCUCUAACCUUGAAGAACAAUGGAUGAGGUCGCUCAACCUCGCCAUAACCAAUUGGAUUAUCGAGAUCAGAGCGUCUCAGCAUCUUAAGUCACCUUCUCCUUUGUUUUCGUAUGCUUUCUCAACUCAAGGUUUGUGGAAAGUUCAUAUGUAUUGUCCUGUGAUAGCAAUGGAAAUGGAGAGCGUAAAUAGUGCUUUAACCGACGAAAGAUUAUUCUUCUCGUUGAACUAUCAUCAGCUUGAAGGUGUGAUCCAGUUCAACCACAGGAUUUACGUUCGUGAGAAGUGGUUUAAUAUUGCUGUGAAUAUUGACAAUGUCAGGUGUGACAUAAUUCGACUUGUGAACGAGACACUUCUAUCAGAACGUGGGAUGGGAUUAGAGGAAAAACAUUUUCCAUCAAAAAUAUCAUUGCAACUAACACCAACGGUUCAAUCAAACAUCCUAAUGGCAUCCGCAGAAAAAUCCUCAGAAAACCCAUUGAGACAAUUUGAAGCAGAGAAAGGCAUAGAAGCAACAAUAGAUCCACCAAACACUUUCUUCGGACUCAAAGUCUCAGCCAACGAGACCAAAACAAAAAGCAUGAAACCAUGGAUAUUUGAGCAGUGGGUUCAUGGUUAUACUGCAUACCUCACUUGGUUUCUACAUGACUUUGAUGAUGGAAGAGAAGUUUCAUCCUCUAAACCAUCAAAGGUUUCGAUGAUGAACCCUCGUGCUUGGUUCAAGAACCGGUACACAAAUGCGUUUAGGCCGUUUACAAAGCAAGGAGGAGUCGUGUUUGCAGGAGAUAGUUAUGGACAAAGCGUUUUGUGGAAGGUUGAUAAAAGAGCUAUUGGGAAAGUGAUGGAGUUUGAGGUUAAAGGUUGCGUUUGUUUGACUUAUUGGCCUAACAAGCAUCAUACUUUCUAUAGUGAUACAAGAAAAUUGGAAUUUAAAGAGAUGCUUUACCUCAAUCUUCCUUAGAUUACUUUUUCUUUAAAAUCAAAAUAAACCUUAAUGUAACUUAGAUUUACUACUACUAUAUGUUGUGCUUUAAUUUGGUGGUCUAAUGUGGUGACCUUAGGAAACAUCUUGGCUAUAUAUAAUGAAAUUUGAAGUUUAUAAUA